UAAAACUCCCACCGUAACUACCAACACUCUCCUAUACUUUAACCCACGUUCAGAAAACCUACCCAGGCGCUCUCUCUCUCUCUCUCUCUCUCUCUCUCUCUCUCUGCUUCUGUCGCCUCGCCCUUAUCCCCACCAUGGCCGCAACUGGCCACUUCCUCAACCUCAACCGCGCCUCCUCCCUCACCUCCCACCGCAACAACUCCCCCCGCUCCCGUUCCACCACCCGCCUCCUCCCCCCCACCGUCAAAUGCAACCUCUCUUCCCCUCACCAUAACCCCCACAACCAUAAACCCCUAAAUAAAAAGUCCACCGCUCCUAAUGAUCAUGAUAAGCCCCUAAAUAAAUCUAACCCAUUGCCUCCCCUCGCAAAAACCCUAGCCCUCUCCGCCGCCACCGCCCUCCUCUUCAACCUCGCCUCCUCCUUCUCCGGUGGCGGCUUCUCCGGCGGCGGCGGCGGAGGCGGAGCCGGAGGAGGUGGAGGUGGCGGAAGUUUCUGGUCGAGGUUGUUUUCUUCUCCCGCGAUCGCUAAGGAUGACGAAGACGAGGAAUCCGAGGACUGGGACCCGCACGGCCUCCAGGCCAACGCCACGAUCCGGCUCGGCAAGCUGGACGCCUUCAAGAGGUACAGGGUCUCCGACCUCUCCUUCUACGACCGCAGCCAGCGCGCCGUGGUGGGCGCGGAGGACUCCUUCUUCGAGAUGGUCUCGCUCCGCCCCGGCGGCGUCUACACCAAGUCCCAGCUCCAGAAGGAGCUCGAAACCCUCUCCACCUGCGGCAUGUUCGAAAAGGUCGACCUCGAGGCGAAAACGAACCCUAACGGAACCAUCGGUAUCACAAUAUCGUUCUCAGAGAGCAAGUGGCAGUCUGCCAAUUCAUUUAAGUGCAUUAACGUGGGGUUAAUGCCGCAGUCAAAGCCGAUCGAGAUGAGUCCUAAUAUGACCGAGAGGGAGCAGAUGGAGUACACUAGGAGUCUAGAGAGGGAGUAUAACAGGAGGGUAGACGCGUCGAGGCCGUGUUUGUUGCCGAGGGGGGUGAAGGAGGAGGUGUUGAGGAUGUUGGGGGAGCAGAACUCGGUUAGUGCUAGGUUGUUGCAGAGGAUAAGGGACCAUGUGCAGAAGUGGUACCAUGAUCAGGGCUACGCGUGUGCACAGGUUGUGAAUUUCGGGAACUUGAAUACCAAGGAAGUGGUGUGUGAGGUGGUGGAAGGGGAUAUUACCCAGAUGGUGAUUCAGUUCCAGGAUAAGCUUGGGAAUCUGGUGGAAGGGAAUACCCAGCUGGAAGUCGUGGAGCGAGAGUUGCCUAAACAGCUCCAAGAAGGGCAUGUUUUUAAUAUAGAAGCCGGCAAACAAGCACUGAGGAACAUAAACUCACUAGCUUUGUUUUCAAAUAUUGAAGUCAACCCCCGACCAGAUGAGAACAACGAAGGGGGGAUUAUUGUGGAGAUAAAGCUCAAGGAACUUGAACAGAAGUCAGCUGAAGUCAGCACUGAGUGGAGUAUUGUCCCUGGACGUGGAGGUCGUCCUACCCUGGCUUCAAUUCAGCCCGGUGGAACUGUCUCAUUUGAGCAUCGGAACCUCAACGGGUUAAACAGGUCCAUUCUUGGCUCUGUGACUACUAGCAACUUCCUCAAUCCUCAGGAUGAUCUUUCAUUUAAGCUUGAGUAUGUGCACCCAUAUCUGGAUGGUGUUACUGACCCUCGCAAUCGGACCUUCCGAACAAGCUGCUUUAACAGCAGGAAACUAAGUCCAGUCUUCACAGGUGGGCCAGGGGUGGAUGAAGUUCCCCCAAUAUGGGUUGAUCGUGCUGGUGUCAAAGCCACCAUUACAGAGAAUUUCACCCGUCAAAGCAAAUUCACCUAUGGGCUUGUCAUGGAAGAGAUAACUACACGCGACGAAAGCAGUCACAUUGCACCAGCUGGUCAAAGGGUGUUGCCAAGUGGAGGAAUUAGUGCUGAUGGGCCUCCAACGACACUCAGCGGCACUGGCAUUGACCGAAUGGCAUUUGCUCAGGCAAAUAUUACCCGUGAUAACACCAGGUUUGUGAAUGGAGCAAUCGUUGGUGAGAGGAAUGUCUUCCAGCUUGACCAAGGCCUUGGCAUCGGCAGCAAGUUUCCAUUUUUCAACCGCCACCAGCUUACAUUGACCCGAUUCAUCCCAUUAAAGCAAGUGGAAGAAGCUGCCGGUAAACCACCACCACCUGUGCUGGUCUUCCAUGGCCAUUAUGGCGGUUGUGUGGGAGACCUCCCGAGUUAUGAUGCUUUUACACUUGGGGGCCCUUAUUCUGUGAGGGGUUACAACAUGGGAGAGAUAGGUGCAGCUCGUAAUAUCCUUGAGCUUGCUGCUGAGUUGCGGAUACCUGUGAGGAACACCCAUGUUUAUGCAUUUGCGGAACAUGGGAAUGACUUGGGAAGUUCGAAGGAUGUUAAGGGAAAUCCAACGGCGGUCUAUCGGAGAAUGGGUCAUGGUUCCUCAUAUGGUGCUGGAGUCAAGCUAGGUCUAGUAAGAGCAGAGUAUGCUGUUGACCACAACAAUGGGACUGGUGCCAUUUUCUUCAGAUUUGGGGAGAGAUUUUGACUUGUAUUCCUUAAGAACUUUAAAUUUUGUGAUUAGGCGCAUUCAGUUUAUUUGGUGGAGGGGUUGGGGGAGGAUUCUUGAAGCUAAAUUGAACUAGAUGUUUGACGAGCUUUAGUUGAGACAUACAGAUAUUUCAGUUGUACCGGAAUUCAUGCUUUUGGUUGUUAAAUUUUGAUCCUUGUAUUCCUGUUUGUGUGCA